CCUCCGCCGCCGUACCCAGGCCUUCCAUAAAAUGCAGCCGCUCCCCCUCGCCCCCACCACGCCCCCAACCCCCCACCUUCCGACUUCGCACUGGAUGGAUUCAGGUCGCACCACCCCGCGAGGAGUUUAGGGGCAGGGGCAGUUUCCGGUCGGUGAGCAAUGGGGAGGAGGCGGCCACCGUGAGAGGAGGAGGAUCACGAGCUGAGCUAUAAGUCUGUGCAUGACACCGGCACCACAUGCCCUUUUGACAGUCACAAAUUCUUGUGUCUGGUGAUGCAAUUAUGUGAUCUGUGUUCGAUUGUGUUAUGUGAUGCAAGAGCGAUCCUGGACAAGUGCCUGCUCCUUAUGGACGCAAAGAUGGUGGAAGUUCCACAGCAAAGGCGGCGGCGAAGGAACGAAGAACCACACUCCUGCGGGGGCUGGGGUCGCUGAUGAUCACGGAGGCGAGACGCGGCGUCGUUGUGCUCAGGGUUAUCUCUGCCUGCUGUGUCUCCCUUCAGCUGUAGGAUGUUGCUUUAGCUGGUUCUGUUUUGAUGGAUCUGAUGGUUGCCUGCCAAGGCAUGUAGGAGUGGACCUGGAUGUUGCUCUGUUUCUAUGAAUGGGAGAGGGCAAAGAGCCAUUUGAUCUACAAAAUGUGGCACUGGAGGGAUUCCACCCACAUUUAACAAGUCUACUGGUGCGGCGUGUAUUUAAAUGGUAGGCCACCGGAAUCCGGUACAGAAGAUUUGACUCAGGCUACGUUCUCAGCAUACGACAGGAGAUUCCAAAACAUAUGGCACGUUAACAGCGCCGUACUCGUAGUAAUAAAAGAGCUUGCGGCGCCAGACCCUGCAGCCUAAGCUUGGACGGACUCACCAGCUAGCAGCAGCCUAGAGAGGUCAGCAAUGGCAUCUCUGUAGCUUUCCCUGUCGAUCCUUUCUAGCCAAGGAAAACAGUUCUUGCAGCGUCUUCUCCUCUGGCUUAACAAGCAGGGCUGCAACAGGAGCUGAUCCAUUUGGAAGCAACAGAGAUUGUGCACGUAGAUGGGUUCCCUCACAAACGGUGAGGUUGCUGAUUCUGAGACUCAGGUGACUCCCUUUGCUAAAGCUGGGUUUUUCAGCAAGAUGUCAUUUUGGUGGUUGAAUCCUCUAAUGAAGAUGGGCUACAAGAAACCCCUUGAGGACAAAGACAUGCCACUUUUAGGUGCCACAGAUCGAGCAUGCAACCAGUACUCGAUGGUCAUGGAGAAGAUGAAUGGCAAGGAGUCGCUAUCACACGCCACACCAUCAUUCUUCUGGACUAUUGUUUCUUGUCACAGGCGUGCAAUCUUGGUCUCAGGAUUCUUUGCUUUGCUCAAGGUUCUCACCUUAUCUGCUGGCCCAGUAAUCCUCAAGGCGUUCAUCAAUGUAUCACUUGGGAAAGGGACCUUUAAACACGAAGGCUAUGUGCUAGCUGCGUUAAUGUUCAUCUGCAAAUUCUGUGAAUCCCUGUCACAGAGACAGUGGAAUUUCCGCACUCGGAGAUUAGGACUGCAGGUGAGGUCAUUCCUGUCAGCAGCUAUUUAUAAGAAACAGCAGAAGCUAUCAAAUGCAGCAAAAAUGAAGCACUCUUCUGGAGAAAUUUUGAACUAUGUGACGGUCGAUGCCUAUCGGAUUGGGGAAUUCCCAUUCUGGUUCCAUCAGACAUGGACAACGAGUGUUCAGCUUUGCAUUGCUCUGGCAAUUCUAUACAAUGCGGUUGGUGCUGCAAUGGUUUCAUCUUUGGUCGUUAUUAUUAUUGCUGUACUGUGCAAUGUUCCAUUGGCCAGACGGCAACACAAAUUUCAGAGUAAACUUAUGGAAGCACAGGAUGUGAGAUUGAAGGCCAUGUCUGAGUCAUUUGUUCAUAUGAAGAUCUUGAAACUUUAUGCAUGGGAAGCUCACUUCAAGAAGGUCAUCGAGGGGUUGAGAGAGGUUGAGUACAAGUGGUUGUCAGCAUUCCAGUUUAGGAGGGCAUACCAUAGUUUUCUGUGUUGGGCAUCACCUAAUUUUGUUUCUGCAGCGACCUUUCUAACAUGCUAUCUUUUGAAGACCCCCCUUGAUGCUAGCAAUGUCUUCACUUUUGUGGCAACCCUGCGUCUCGUGCAAGAGCCAGUUAGGUCAAUACCAGAUGUUAUCCGCGUUGUGAUACAAGCUAAGGUUGCUUUCACUCGAAUAUCAAAGUUCCUUGAUGCAUCUGAGCUUAACGGGCACGUUAGGAAAAAAUACAACAUUGGCACUGAUUGCCCUGUACCUAUAGCGAUGAAUUCGUGUAGCUUCUCAUGGGAUGAGAAUACAUCAAAACCAGCUCUAAAUAAUAUAAAUCUGAUAGUGAAAGCUGGAGAAAAGAUUGCAAUUUGUGGAGAGGUGGGAUCAGGAAAAUCGACGCUUUUGGCUGCUGUACUUGGAGAGAUCCCAAAAACCAAAGGCACGAUCCAAGUCUGUGGGAAAUUAGCAUAUAUUUCUCAGAAUGCAUGGAUCCAAACAAGAACCGUGCAAGACAAUAUUCUCUUUGGAUCACCGAUGGACGUGGAAAGAUACCAGAACACACUCGUGAGGUGCUCGUUGGUCAAGGACCUUGAGAUGUUGCCAUAUGGAGAUUGUACUCAAAUUGGGGAGAGAGGAGUAAAUCUUAGUGGUGGUCAGAAGCAGCGGGUCCAGCUUGCUCGUGCACUAUACCAAAAUGCAGACAUCUAUCUUCUUGAUGACCCUUUCAGUGCCGUUGAUGUCCAUACAGCCACAAGUCUCUUCAAUGAAUAUAUCAUGAGUGCUCUAUCAGACAAGACUGUUCUUUUGGUGACCCAUCAAGUUGAUUUUCUACCUGUAUUUGACUCCAUUUUGUUAAUGUCAGAUGGAGAAGUUAUCCGGUCUGCACCUUAUCAAGAUCUAUUGGCAGAUUGUGAAGAAUUUAAAGACCUUGUAAAUGCCCAUAAAGAUACGGUGGGUGUUUCGGAUCUUAAUAACAACUCAGACUCUCAAAGAGCUAAGAAAGUAUCGAUCAAGGAGACAGUUGGUAUUCAUGGAAGCAGAUAUACAGAGUCUGUGAAGCCAUCGCAGGAAAAUCAACUGAUCAGGAAAGAGGAAAGGGAAACAGGGGAUGCAGGUGUUAAGCCUUAUAUGCUUUACCUGCGCCAGAACAAAGGUUUCCUGUAUUUCUCUUUUUGUGCUAUUUCUCACAUAGUUUUCAUAGCUGGGCAAAUAUCACAGAAUUCAUGGAUGGCUGCUAAUGUUCAAAAUCCUGAUGUUAGUACACUGAAGUUAAUUUAUGUGUACAUUAUUAUUGGAGUUUGCACAAUGCUCUUCUUACUAUCAAGAUCUUUAGGAAUCGUUGUUCUUGGGAUCCAGACAUCACGAUCCUUAUUUUCCCAGUUGCUCAAUUCAUUUUUCCGUGCACCAAUAUCCUUUUUUGAUUCUACUCCUCUAGGAAGGGUUCUUAGCCGGGUCUCUUCAGAUUUGAGUAUUGUUGACCUUGAUAUUCCAUUUGCCUUUGUGUUUAGCCUUUCUACUAGCUUAAAUGCAUAUAGCAAUCUAGGGGUAUUGGUUGUUAUUACAUGGCAAGCUCUGUUUGUAUCCGUGCCUAUGAUAGUUUUGGGAAUUUGGUUACAGGUACUAGCCUCGGCAAGGGAAUUGAUGCGGAUCAAUGGUACUACCAAGUCUGCUCUAGCAAAUCACUUAGGUGAAUCGAUUUCAGGGGCUACAACAAUAAGGGCCUUUGAGAAUGAAGAUCGUUUCUUUGCUAAAAAUUUGGAUCUUAUUGACAAGAAUGCCAGUCCAUAUUUCUACAAUUUUGCAGCAACUGAAUGGCUGAUUCAACGUCUGGAGAUAAUGAGCGCCACAGUUCUUUCUUUUUCUGCCUUUGUCAUGGCCAUUUCUCCUCAAGGAACUUUUAGCGCUGGUUUUGUGGGAAUGGCAUUGUCCUAUGGUCUUUCCCUAAAUAUUUCAUUUGUUUUCUCUAUUCAAUGCCAAUGCAACCUUGCAAAUCAAUUAAUCUCGGUGGAACGUGUGAACCAGUACAUGGACUUACAAAGUGAAGCAGCAGAAGCUGUUGAAGAAAAUCGACCAUUACCAGAUUGGCCCCAAGAUGGCAAUGUGGAGAUUAGAAAUUUGAAAAUCAGGUAUAGGGAAGAUACUCCCCUUGUACUACAUGGAAUCAGUUGCAAGUUUGAAGGUGGAGAUAAGAUUGGUAUAGUUGGUCGAACGGGAAGUGGCAAGACAACGUUAAUUGGUGCAUUGUUUCGACUUGUUGAACCUGCCGAAGGGAAAAUAAUUAUAGACUCUGUGGACAUCAGUACAAUAGGCUUACAUGACCUGCGUUCGCGUUUGGGUAUCAUUCCACAAGAUCCAACACUUUUUCAGGGUACAGUAAGGUACAAUCUAGAUCCUCUUGGGCAAUUCUCAGAUCAGCAAAUAUGGGAGGUUCUUCAAAAAUGUCAGCUUCUUGAAGUUGUCCAGGAGAAGGAACAGGGAUUGGAUUCACAUGUUGUGGAAGACGGGUCGAACUGGAGUAUGGGCCAAAGGCAGCUCUUCUGUCUGGGACGCGCACUGUUGAGAAGAUGCCGCAUCUUAGUUCUUGAUGAAGCGACAGCUUCUAUAGACAAUGCAACAGAUGCUAUUCUUCAGAAAACGAUCCGGACAGAAUUCAAAUAUUGCACUGUUGUUACGGUGGCCCACCGUAUACCAACAGUUAUGGACUGCGAUAUGGUACUUGCAAUGAGCGACGGGAAAGUAGUCGAGUUUGACAAACCUACAAAGCUCAUGGAAACUGAAGGAUCUCUCUUUCGUGAGCUGGUCAAGGAGUAUCGGUCAUACACAUCUAACACUAACUUUUAGAAGAGAAUGUCAAUUUCAUUUGUUUGCUUGCUGCAGCUCUAUUAGCUUUUAGAAAGGGAAUUCUUCUAUUUGGUACCUCAAGGAACGAAAAUACCAUCUGUCAGUUAUUGCCUUGAAAUUUCUUUGGCUAUCUUUUUCUACCAGAAACUCUGUGCACGGUGGACUGCCGGCCGCCUUCUUAAGAUAUAGAGGGCUAAAUGG